AUGCAGCAACAACCUCCUUCGCAGCCCCGCGCCUAUUCGCAAGCCUACCUCCCAAAUGGCGCGGCACCCCAGCCUAGCGGCCCAGUCCCUGGUGCUCGUCCUCUUGAACCCAACCAAGGUCGCGUGCAACAAAUCGGCCACGCCCGCGUGCUCUGCAUUGCCGACGUGAGAGGUAACCUGCGGCAACUGAACGACCUCGCGCGCAACGCCAAAGCAGACUACAUCAUUCACACUGGUGACUUCGGCUUCUACGACGGCUCCUCGCUCGAUCGCAUCGCAGAGAAGACACUGAAACAUGUAGCCCAAUACUCGCCGCUCCUGCCUGAACCAGUCAAGGCCGACAUUGCACGCUCUGGCGGCGCGCAAGUCUCCAUAAAAGAGCGUUUCCAGCGAGAGAACCUGCCUCUGUCGGAACUUCCACAAUUCCUCAACAAGACCUUCCGACUCGAGGUCCCCGUCUUCACCGUGUGGGGAGCUUGCGAGGACGUAUCGGUCCUGGAAAAGCUGCGGUCACAAGAGUACAAGAUUGACAACCUGCACGUCAUUGAUGAAUCGCAUUCGCGGUUACUCGAUGUCGGCGGUGUGAAGCUACGCCUGCUUGGUCUCGGUGGCGCUGUGGUCAUGCACAAGCUCUUCGACAAUGGCGAGGGCCGGACAACCAUUGCUGGUGGCCAGGGUACUAUGUGGACCACUCUUCUGCAAAUGGGAGAGCUCAUCGAUACUGCCAACCGCGUCUAUGACACAACCGAGACUCGAGUACUCGUCACACACGCUUCACCAGCACGCGAAGGCCUGCUCAACCAGCUUUCUGUGACGCUCAAGGCAGAUUUCUCGAUAUCGGCAGGCCUGCACUUCCGAUACGGCAGCUCGUACAACGAAUUCUCCGUCAACCCAUCGCUGGAUCACUACCGGGGCAAGCUCUCUGCCUCCAAGGCGUCCUUUACUGACGUCUGGGAGACUGUCAAGCACGAGGUUGAGCCUGCCGUGGCCGAGAAUGAAGCCCAGAACAAGCUUCUGCAAUUUGCGCUCGAACUGGUGUCGAAGAUGCCGGCAGUAGCAAGCGGUGGCAAUCCUUUCGGCGGCGGGCCCAUGGCCGGCAACGUGGACGAGUCUGCAUUCAAGAACAUGUGGAACUUCAACUUGGCUGACGCAGCUUUCGGCUGGCUCGUUCUGGACAUUGAUCAGGGACGAAUUGGCACUGAAAUGCGCGCUCAAGGGUUCAACUUCUCGCACCGCUCGAGCAAGAACCAGCAGAGGCCACAAGGCGUCCCGUCUGCUCCAGCAAAUGCGUCAAUGGCCCCAACAGGCGGCAACCUGCCAACCCCAGGACAACAGCCACCUCCAUUGGCGCAGCAGCAGACCCGUCCUCCACAGCAGGGACCUCAGCAAGGUAACUUACCACAACAGCAGCGUGGUCCUGUGCCCCAGCAGCAAGGCACGCAGCCAAAGCCAGGCCAGCAGCCCCAGGCAGGUGGACCGGCAGGCCCAAAGCCCGCAACACCGCAAUCAACGCUCACCACGAACGGUACUACGACUGCUCCACCACCGCAGACGAACGGAACUGCCGCAGCUGAGACGCCCAAACCCGACACUCCUGUUCAAGACAAGCAGGCCAACGUGCACUCACCGCAGCAGCAGGAGCCGUCGAAGGGCAUUUUCAUCACGAACGCGCCAUUGAACACUACAGACGAGGUCAAGGAACAGCUCUUCACCCCUGAAGACGCCGAGAAGAUCCAGAGAGUGGAGAAGGCCAACGGUGGUCGAUGGUCCGUCCACUUCGCGACACCCGAGGUGAUGCAAGAAGUAUUGAAGCAUGGUCCCACCAAGGAGGCUUCCGAGAAGUUCAAGGGCGUGAGAUUCGUCCAGUACAGAUCUUCUCCUCGAGGCGGCUUUGGCGGUGCUGGAGGCUGGGGUACUGGCCGUGGUGGAACAAACCAGAGAGGUGGCCCAGAGGGCAGAGGAGGAUACCAGUCAGCCGGCGGAGCGACGACGGGCAGCGACAGCGAAUCUGGACGCGGUGGCCGAGGACGUGGUCGAGGAGGCUUCAGAGGUGACCGUGGCCGAGGACGCGGAGGACGCGGCGACAGAGGCGGUCGUGGUGACGGCGCUCCUGCCGCGCCGGCUGGAGGCGAUUCUUAG